AGAGAGGGGAAGGAUAUAUUGAGUCAAAGCAGCUCUGCUUGCUCCUCAGUGUUGUGAGAGAAGAGACAGAGGACGUGUGAGAAGACAAGAUGGAGCGCUGGAACAGAUGAAGACUGUCACUGGUCCCAUCCGGCGGUCCACAUGAGCGUAUCGAAACCUCCUCCGCCCCACUCCCACUUCGCCCCCCCACCCGACUCUUCCACCUCCUCCCAUCUCUCCAUCCCUCCUUCCUCCUCCACCCCAUCCUCCCCCGCACCUUGUCGUGCCACCUCCUCUGCUCCCAGAUCUCUCCCUCCGCCCUCUCCGGUCAAGAUCUCCAUGCAGGAGCACUUUGCUAUCAACGUGUGUCCCGGGCCCAUCAUGCCUAUCCCGCAGAUCUCUGACUUCUUCCCGCGCUUCCACGACUUUCCCAUGACGCCGCCCCCGCCCCGGGAGAAGAAGAUCCUGAAGGAGCCGGAUUUCGGAUUGAACAAUGGAGGGGAGACGGACGGAGAGAAUAAGGAGAAGGAGAGGAAACCCAUCGAGGUGGACCGGGGGGAAAGGCAAGAAGGGGCGGAUUCGGACGACGAUGAUGAUGAAACUUAUUUGGGCACCCUGGAGUUCACCCUGCUCUUUGAUCACGAGAACAACUGUCUACACUGUACAAUCCACAAGGCCAAGGGACUAAAGGCCAUGGACUCCAAUGGACUGGCCGAUCCAUACGUCAAGCUCCACCUCCUGCCUGGAGCAAGCAAGGCGAACAAGCUCCGCACCAAAACACUGAAGAACACUCUGAACCCGGUGUGGAGCGAGACGCUGAUGUACCACGGCAUCACCGCUAUCGACAUGACCACCAAAACCCUCAGGCUGUGUGUGUGCGACAUGGACAGGCUCGGUCGUAACGAGUUUAUCGGAGAGGUCCGUGUCGCCUUGAAGAAACUGAGCAAGGGCGAGAGCAAAAGAUUCAAAAUGGGUCUGGAGAGAAUCACACAGAACAAAGACAUCAACAAAGAAACCGUGGAGCAAGGGACACCUGUGGCUGAGGAAGAGCGUGGUCGUAUCCUGGUGUCGCUGUGCUACAGUCCAGAAAAGAGCUGUCUACUGGUUGGCAUCGUACGCUGUGCCCACCUCGCUGCUAUGGACUCCAAUGGGUACUCUGACCCCUUCGUCAAGAUUGUGCUGCAGCCUGAUAUGGGGAAAAAGUCCAAGUACAAAACCACAGUGAAGAAGAAAACUCUCAAUCCCGAGUUUAAUGAGGAGUUUGUGUAUGAAGUUCCACACGACCAGCUGGCGAAGAAAACCCUAGAGAUCUCCGUAUGGGACUACGAUCUGGGGAUGAGCAACGACUUCAUAGGCGGAGUUGAACUGGGCAUAAAUGCCAAGGGAGUGAGGCUGAAACAUUGGUUCGAGUGUCUCAAACACAUCGGCAAGAAAGUUGAGUACUGGCACACCCUCACGCAGCAAGGAGCCCCUCCGGAGGCCCCCCCGCAGUGACUGACAUACACACACACUUUAUCGCAAUUAUUAAAUGAUCAUCAAUGAAUGGUAAAGAAAGAAAGAAAUAAUAAAGUAAUAAAGUAAUAAAGUGAUAAAACAUGCAAUAAUGAUACGGAUAAUGAUGAUAUAAUAAUAAGAAUAAUAUUAUUUAUAAUACAAAUCAUAAUAGUAGGUAAUUAUCCCAAUGUAGCUUUUUUAUAAGUAAAUACAUUUGUGAAAAUGUCCCUCGUUGAAAUGUUUAAUGUGAAGGUGCGAACAAAUUUGACCUUAGCCCUCAAUAUUAUGAAGUCACUUGCAUUUCAGUCAUUCAAAUGUACACAUUAAUAGUGUAGAAUCUCUUACCUGCACUGUAACUACAAUACUGGAACAUUCUGUAAGCACCUUUGCCCGACAAGGUCUUGUCACGAUCGUUGUAGUCACCAGGUUGUUUCUACUAGGGAUGUAGUUGAAAAAGGUGGGUAAGAGUGCUGAACGUCCGGUUGAGAUGACUGGCGUCUAGCAACGCUAAUGCUAACUGCUAUAACAGUUCUAGGAAGUAUGGGUAACUGCAUACUUGGUGUGUCUCUGAAAGUGGCUGUGGCGAAUAAAGUGGGUGGAUCAACAGCGAUGGGUGUAACAUCAGCGCUCUGUUAUUGGUUAGACGUUUUGACUGAGCGGUGUUGUUUUUCGCUUCUUACCAUGCAACUACUAUACCGCCAGUGUUUGGACUUCAGUUUUGAAGCCAGAAGAUGAGCGCAAUUUGUAUUUCACUGCUUCAAAUAAUUGUAUAUUUUCAGUGAAUAUUUUUUUAAAUUUUAAGUACUUAUGAUGGUGUCACGACUUCCGCUGAAGUCGGCUCCUCUCCUUGUUCGGGCGGCGUUCGGCGGUCGACGUCACCGGCUUUCUAGCCAUCGCCGCUCCAUUUUGCAUUGUUUCAUUUUUUUUGUCUUGUUCCCUGCCCACCUGGUUUACAUUCCCAAUCACACUGCAUGUAUUUAUUCCUCUGUUCCCCCAUGUCUUUGUGUGAAACUGUUUUUGUUACGUGUUUCGUGGGUACGCGCCAGGCUGGGUUUUUUCCCGUUGUUCCGUGGUUUCUCCACGAAGGAUGUUUAUUGUAAAACAUUUUGAUCAUUUUUGUGACGAUUUCGUGCCUUUCACUUUUACCUUUGGCUGGAGGUUUUUGACGCAGUGGCGUCUGUCUGUUUAUUGCCAUGUGCGCCUGUUCACAACUCUCUCCUCUCCUGCACCUGACUUCUCCACCCGUAGCGCACACCCUGACAGAAUUUCACACCACCGAUGGAGUCAGCAGGAGCGCAUCCGGGAACACUCGGCAAUGCUGCAACUUCUCGGUGCCACAAUGGAUCGUGUUGUCCAGACCAUGGACCGCUGGGAGAGACAGGAAGUCUCUACCCGUCCCUCCUGGAUCCAGUCCCAGUGGGAUGUGUCUCUCCCUUCCAUGGGAGUAUGAUGGGACGGCAGCACGGUGCCAGGGGUUCCUAUUACAGCUGGACCUAUACCUGGCUACCGUUCACCCAGCUCCCUCGGGAAGGGUGAGAGUGUCCGCCCUCGUCUCAUGCCUCUCGGGGAGAGCUCUGGAGUGGGCAAACACCAUGUGGGGAGAAGGAGACGCAGCGUUGGACCACUUCGAGGAGUUCACCCGCCGCUUCCGGGCAGUCUUCGAACGGCUCUUCCACUUGAGGCAGGGGACGAGGAGCGCGCAGGAGUUCGUCCUUGAAUUCCGGACCUUGGCCGCCGGAGCGGAAUGGAACGACAGGGCCCUUAUCGACAACUACCGAUGCAGCCUGCGCGAGGACGGGAGUUGGCCUGCAGAGAUGCCACCACCACUUUUGACCAACUGGUGGAUCUGUCAAUCCGGUUGGAUAACCUGCUGGUCACGGAUGUCCAGAGAGGGCUUUGUCGGUUCCAUCUUACAGCACCCCCGCUCCGGUGCCCAUGGAGCUGGGAGUGGCUGCCCUCAGGGAGGCUGGAGGAGGGGCCUUCACGUGCACCAUCUGUGGCCGCAGAGGGAACACUGCCUGUCAGUGCCAGUUCGGUCCCUCUGGGAGUCAAGGCAGCAGGCAGGGCACUCUGGCGUCACCCCAGGUGAGUCUGCACCACUCUCAUCCAGAGUCCUCUGUUGUCCACCUGUUUGUACCUGUUUAUUUUCCUGAGUCUUCCCCGUAUUCCCAGCAUAAGGCGCGUGUCGAUUCAGACGCAGCUGGGAAUUUUAUCGACAGAGCGUUCGCCCUUAGUUUAGGGAUCCCCGUUAUUCCUGUGGUUAGACCUUUCCUGGUACACGCUCUGGAUAGUCGACCAUUAGGGUCCGGACUAAUCAGGGAAGCAACCAUCUCCCUGGCCAUGGUGACACAGGGGGGUCACAAGGAUAAAAUCAGUCUAUUCCUCAUUGACUAUCCUGCGUUUCCCGUGGUACUAGGCCUUCCCUGGUUAGCUCAUCAUGAUCCCACCAUUUCAUGGCAACAGAGGGCCCUCACGGGGUGGUCGCGAGAGUGCUCAGGGAGGUGUGUAGGGGUUUCCGUUGGUGCUACCACGGUGGAAAGUCCAGACCAGGUCUCCACCGUGCGCAUCCCCCCAGAAUAUGCCUAUUUAGCUCUUGCCUUCUGUAAAAUGAAGGCGACUCAAUUACCACCCCAUCAACGGGGGGAUUGUGCGAUAAAUCUCCUGGUAGACGAUGCACUUCCCAGGAGUCAUGUGUAUCCCCUGUUGCAAGCGGAGACGGCGGCUAUGGAGACAUAUGUCUCUGAAUCCCUGCGUCAGGGGAACAUUCAGUCCUCCACUUCGCACGCCUCCUCGAGUUUCUUUUUUGUGAAGAAAAAGGAGGGAGGUCUGCGCCCGUGCACUGACUAUCGAGGUCUCAAUCAAAUCACGGGAGGUACAGUUACCCGCUACCUCUCAUCGCCACGGCGAUUGAGUCAAUGCACCGGGCGCGCUUCUUCACUAAACUGGAUCUCAGGAGCGCGUACAACCUGGUGCGUAUCCGGGAGGGAAACGAGUGGAAGGCGGCAUUUAAUACCACCUCAGGGCAUUAUGAGUACCUCGUCAUGCCGUACGGGUUAAUGAAUGCUCCAUCAGUCUUCCAAUCCUUUGCAGACGCGAUUUUCCGGGACCUGCACGGGCAGGGUGUAGUGGUGUAUAUCGAUGACAUUCUGAUAUACUCCGCUACACGCGCCGAGCAUGUGUCCUUGGUGCGCAGAGUACUUGGAUGACUGUUGGAGCAUGACCUGUACGUCAAGGCUGAGAAAUGCCUGUUCUUCCAGCAAGCCGUCUCCUUCCUAGGGUAUCGCAUUUCCACAACAGGAGUGGAGAUGGAGAGUGACCGCAUUGCAGUCGUGCAUAAUUGGCCGACUCCCACCACGGUAAAGGAGGUGCAGCGGUUUUUAGGGUUUUCCCAUUACUACCGGAGAUUUAUCCGGGGUUUUGGACAGGUGGCGGCCCCCAUUACCUCACUGCUGAAGGGGGGUCCUUUACGUCUGAAGUGGUCGGUUGAGGCGGACAGGGCUUUUGGGCACUUAAGAGCUCUGUUUACCUUGGCUCCUGUGCUGGCCCAUCCGGAUCCCUCUUUGGCGUUCAUAGUGAAGGUGGACGCGUACGAGGCUGGGAUAGGAGCCGUGCUCUCUCAGCACUCGGGCACGCCAUCCGAAGCUCCGCCCCUGUGCUUUCUUCUCGAAGAAGCUCAGCCCGGCGGAGCGGAACUAUGAUGUGGGGGACCGGGAGCUGUUGGCUGUGGUUAAGGCUUUGAAGGCGUGGAGACAUUGGCUUGAGGGGGCUAAACACCCUUGUCUCAUCUGGACUGACCACCACAACCUGGAGUAAAUCAGGACAUCGAGGAGACUGAAUCCACGUCAGGCAAGGUGGGCUAUGUUCUUUACCUGUUUUGUGUUUACCCUGUCCUACAGACCAGGUUCCCAGAAUACGAAGGUAGACGCACUCUCCCGGCUGUAUGACACAGAGGAGCGGCCCAUGGAUCAGACUCCCAUACUCCAGGCCUCCUGCUUGGUAGCGCCGGUCGCGUGGGAGCUGGACGCGGACAUUGAGCAGGUGUUGCGUACAGAGCCCGCUCCCCUCCAGUGUCCCGUCGGGCUUCUGUACGUUCCGUCUGCUGUCCGUGACCAGUUGAUCUAUUGGCCCACACGUCACCCUCCUCUGUCAUCCGGGGAUCGGUCGGACGGUGCGCUGUCCUAGGCACCUGCCCAGAGGUAAGUUACAACCCUUACCCAUUCCACAACGGCUGUGGUCGCACCUUUCAGUAGAUUUCCUGACCGAUCUUCCUCCCUCACAGGGUAACACCGCGAUCCUGGUCGUUGUGGACCAUUUUUCUAAGUCCUGUCGUCUCCUCCCGUUGCCCGGUCUCUCUACGGCCCUACAGACUGCGGAGGCCUUGUUCACUCAUGUCUUCCGGUACUACGGGGUGUCUCAUCGGGGUCCCCAGUUCACGUCGAGGGUCUGGAAGGCGUUCAUGGAACGUCUGGGGGUCUCGGUCAGCCUUCCCUCAGGUUUUCACCCCAAUAGUAAUGGGCAGGUGGAGAGAGUAAACCAGGAUGUGGGUAGGUUUCUGAGGUACUAUUGCCAGGACCGGCCGGGGGAGUGGGCAGCGUUCGUGCCCUGGGCAGAGAUGGCCCAGAACUCGCGUCGCCACUCCUCCACUAACAUCACCCCCUUCCAGUGUGUAUUCGGGUAUCAGCAGGUUCUGGCUCCUUGGCAUCAGAGUCAGACCGAGGCUCCUGCGGUGGACGACUGGUUCCGGCACUAGGAGGAAACAUGGGACGCCGCCCAUGUCCACCUUCAGCGCGCCGUGCUGCACCAGAAAGUGGGCACAGACCGUCACCGCAGUGGGUCUGGCUCUCGACCCAAAACCUGCCCCUCCCCCUGCCCUGCCAGAAACUGGGCCCGCGGUUUGUGGGGCCAUUCAAUGUCCUGAGGAGAGUGAACGAGGUGUGUUACAGGUUACAGCUUCCCCCCGAUUACCGUAUUAACCCCUCGUUCCAUGUGUCUCUCCUCAGGCCGGUGGUGGUUGGUCCGCUCCAGGAAUCUGAGGUGCGGGAGGUUCCUCCUCCCCCUCUGGACAUCGAGGGGCCUCGGUGUACUCCAUUCGUUCCAUCCUGGAUUCAAGGCGUCGGGCGGGGGGCCUUCAGUACUUCGUGGAGUGGGAGGGGUAUGGUCCGGAGGAGUGGUGCUGGGUUCCGGUGGCGGAUGUGUUGGACCCUGAACUGCUGCGGAAGUUCCACCGUCGCCGGCCGGAUCGCCCUGCGCCUCGCCCUCCGGGUCGUCCCAGAGGCCAGUGUCGGCGCACAGCUGUGUCAAGGGGGGGGGGGGGGGGGUAAUGUCACGACUUCUGCCGAAGUUGGCUCCUCUCCUUGUUCGGGCGGCGUUCGGCGGUCGACGUCACCGGCUUUCUAGCCAUCGCCGCUCCAUUUUUCAUUGUUCCAUUUGUUUUGUCUUGUUCCCUGCACACCUGGUUUACAUUCCCAAUCACACUGCAUGCAUGUAUUUAUUCCUCUGUUCCCCCCCAUGUCUUUGUGGGAAAUUGUUUUUCGUUACAUGUUUCGUGGGUACGCGCCAGGCUGGGUUUCUUCCCGUUGUUCCGUGGUUUCUCCACGAAGGAUGUUUAUUGUAAAACAUUUUGAUCAUUUUUGUGAUGAUUUCGCGCCUUGACGUACCUUGGGCUGGAGGUUUUUGACAAAGUGGCGUCUGUCUGUUUAUUGCCUCUGCCGAAAUAAAGUGUGCGCCUGUUCACAACUCUCUGCUCUCCUGCACCUGACUUCUCCACUCGUAACGCACACCCUGACAGAUGGGCGUACUGUUGCCGGAAUGUGUUGUAUGCGUGUGCUUACCUUGACUGUCACCCCGAUGUUGGCUACACUAGGUAGCUACUUCCCACGCCGCUGCGGGACAAAAGUUCUUAGCAACCGGAAGCGAAGGACCCGGUGUUGUUGCCGUUCAUGCCCUUGAGCAGGUUGUAUCAAUGUGACAUCUAGAUAGUUGUGUAGGCUACUAUCCCACUUGAAAUAAAAUAACGGGAGGUCAAAAAAUUGCCACGUUAGCUACUGCUGGUGACACAGCUGAUACGGCUGCCCAGUGGGAAGCACCUCAGGUUGGCAGACACCUCGAUACAACAACGGUACAUUAGUCAUUCGCACUGGCUUGUACAGUCCUCGUGCAUCCCAGUCAGCCACGCAAAACAGUCUUUGGCUCCAACAAAUCUGCACAAUUUGCUGAUUCGCUUUCCAUAUACCCACUUGUGUUGAUCAACACACUUCUUUCGCCAAGUCCACUUUCAGACACACUCCGCAUAUGCAGUUACCCAUGACUCAGUUCGAGCAUUAACUAUGCUAACAAUACAAAAAACAGCGCUAACAAUGCUAACAGCGCUAACAGUACUAACAGUGCUAACAAUGGUAACAGUGCUAACAAUGCUAACACUACUAACAAUGCUAACACUACUAACAGCCCGAAAGUGCUAACAGCGCUAACAGUGCUAGCGCAAAAUUAGCGUAAUAGGUGUGAAAACAGUAUUCACCAAGGUGCGUUAACAGCGUUAGCAUGUGUUUACCCUCCUCUGCAUCCCUGAUUUACUAUACAAAGUACCCAAAUGACAAGUUGGGUAAGUCAACGGCUACAGAUUUUUAUUAUUAUUAUGGUGGUUGUCGCUCUGAUGCAAACUGGCACACCAUGACGUUAAAGCACAAAAGGAUCCAUCUGACGGUACUGUCUCUGUGUACUUGUCCGAUGUCUGUACGUGAUGACAGUGGGUGUCUGUAUCUCCCCUUAUCCUCCUGUGUGUAUGUGUCUUUGUGUGUGAGCGAGUGUUUGUGUGUGCAUACAUUUUGCAUACAAAUAUGUGUGUGCGUGUGUUUUGUGUGUAUGCGCGUGUGUGUGUUUGUCUGUAAGCGUGUCUGCAAAUGUCUCCAUCCAUGACCCCCAAAGCAUGUAGCAGUGAGGAAAGACACAAAAAAAGAGACAAGACUCACUCCUACAGUAUGAGACUCAUGUUCCCUGGAUGUCCCCCUGGUCUAACAAACGGAUGUCCUGUCACAUGUGCAACAGUAUGGCUGGCAGUCCAGUGAGUCACUUUUCCUUGGUUACAGUCACACAAGAUAACCAUCAGUCUGGAUUAUUCUCUGAACCCUGCUCUGUGCCCUUUGACCUUUGACUUUGAGUGACUUGAAAGCUACACAGAGAGAUUUCUGCGUCACAGUCUCAAACACACUAUAGCCCCCUACUCUAAAGAGGGGUUAUCAUUGGUUAUCAAAUACCAACUACUGGGUGUGCAGGCUUUUGCUCCAGCUCCAGCCUAAUGCAGUCUGGACGACAAUAAGUGUCAUCGGGUGUGCUCGUGCUGGAACAAAGGCGUGCACAUCCCAGUAGCUCUCGAGUUUCCUCCUUCUUUUCGGCGCCCUUACACAAAGAUUUUAUUUAUAAAUGCCAGGAUUUUUUCAAUUUAGGUGAGUCUCUUAUGACAUUCAAAUGUUCCAUCGUGGAGAUAAAAAAAACUAUUAGUGUGAGAAAUAUGGCAAAAACUCCACCUGUAGCCAAAGGAAUAGGUUGAUUUGAGAUUUUAUCAAUGUGCUCAUCUAUUCAUGUCUAAGAGGAGCAUAUCAAGAAGUGUCUAGGUGUUUGUUUAGGGAACUAUGCGAGAGAGACUACCCAGGCUGUUUUUAUGAGAGAGGACCGCCCAUAGAGCACCAUGGACUCCUUCACCAGAGACAGACCUCGAGGGGUUAACCACACUAAGGACAGAGGGCCAAACCUGUGGCCCCUGGCUACAGUUUGGACACCUUAUAGUUCCAACGUUGGCCCACUAAAGCACACUAUUACCCUUUUCAAACUACUGAGACAAACAUAGCCAAGUCAAGCCAAGCUGUAUCACACUGGCCUGGUUCCUCAUCUACUGUAGUUGCUGGAAUGAAAAAAGGACAAUGUGAAAAUAAAAUAUCUAGUCCAGCACAGUAUGGUUUGGGUCGGCCCUGUAGUGUGAAUCAUCAGUCAGUCAACAGUCUCCUGGACGUUUUCUUACUUUCUAAUCAUUGUCUGAGAUCUCUGUGUUCGUAAUUCUGUACUUGGACAAAGGUGUGAAUGAAGGAGUCAUCAUGGAUAGCAAAUAAACUAAGACGAUUCAGCAUGGCUAGGGGUCAAAUAUAGGGGGACUGUGACACGGAUCAUGGAUCGUCAAAGCAUAGGGACUGAACUCUGAAACGACGAGUGAGAAGUUCAGCUCGUCUAAGUCUUUCUCGGUUACCAAGAACACACGUUGAUUGACCUUGACAAAGAUGGCGGUGGAGUGGAGAGGGCGGAAUCUGUUCUUCUCUAUGCACACCAAUGACGACACAGGAAGCCUCUCCACGCGCAGCAACAACAGUGAAAUGAAUAAUCAAACGAUCAACAUCUCCGAUGUCACUAUGUGAUAUGUUGUCAAAGAUGCAUUCAUGUUUUUUUUGUAUGUAAUACUGCGUAUGUAUACAACGGGUGGGUCUAAUCCUGAAAGAUGAUUGGUUAAAACCGCACUCCAGCCGGUGUCUAUUCCACAAGUUCCUUAGUAUGUAUGUACCUCCCUCCCUGGGAUAUUCCUUAUCAUGGGAAGCCAGGCUUGAAGUUCUGAUGUAACAACGGGAGAUAUUUCUUCUCUUGUCCAGGUGAUCUGGUGGUUUAUUUUCACUCAGAUUCUCUCGAUCUCUGCCUUUUAUUUUGAUGUGUUGUCGGUCAAGCGAACUUGACUUUGUUCAUCAUGUGACAAAAAAAAAGUAUGCAUCUUAACAUUCUAAUAAAGAAUUGCAUGUGUAAAGAUUGUCAUAUAUACGCAUAUGUAACUAACAUUGUAACUUACAUUGAUCAAUGCCAAUUUCUUUAUGGUUGAUAUCAUUGACAUGGUAUCAUCAAUCAAAUCUGUUACAGCUAUCAUCGCUGCUGUUUACUCGUUGGGUUGUAAUUUACUGUUUGUAAGAAGAAGAAAAAAGGGAUAAUUCAGGGUAACUUGCUCAAUUUGAUGCUUUACUCGGUUCUGCCGUUGCUUUAAAACCUUUAUCGUCAUAGAUAUUGACAUUGUCUUCCUUUAAUGACAUUAAUGGAAUGGGGAGACAGGGUGGAGGGGGAGGACUAUUGUUACAGCAUCCCUGUGUACUCACUGACAUCCUGUAGUGUCUAUUUCUAUGUGGAACAUACGGUGUGAUUGCCAUCAUGUGGUGAAUUUGUGGAACUACUUCUCAAAAUAAACUGAAACCGUUUUGA